GUGUUUAUCAACCAGUUUUUUCGAACUUGUUUUCGAAGUAAUGUCACGCUACGAAAUGAUCUAUAAUUCAUUAAAUAUUUCUAUACAUUUCUAAACUCGAUUCAUUAAAACGGUCUCGACAUGCAGGUCUCAAAUCCGAACAACAUAAAAAUCUAUAAUUUAAGUGCUGGUAAAUCUUUACCAGAGUGGUUGUCGGAAAGAAAACGUAGAACUUUAUUGAAAAAAAAUGUUGAUAUUCGAAGAAGGAUCGAACUUAUCCAGGACUUUGAUAUGCCUGGAGUCAGUACAUCUAUCAAAGUAUCUAAAGAUGGACACUACAUAUUAGCAACAGGAAUUUAUAAGCCAAGAGUGAAAUGUUUUGACGUGAAUAAUUUGUCCCUAAAAUUUGAAAGAUGCUUUGAUUCUGAAGUUGUAACUUUUCAAAUUUUAUCAGACGAUUACAGUAAGCUCGUUUUUUUGCAUUGCGAUCGUCACAUUGAGAUUCAUGCGGCUCAUGGAAAAUACUUCAGGUUAAGAAUACCCAGGUUUGGCAGAGAUAUGGAAUACCAUUAUCCGUCAUGUGACCUAUUUGUGGUUGGAGUAAGCAACGAGAUCUAUCGUCUGAAUAUGGAGAGAGGACAAUUUUUGCAACCGUACAUAAGCGAAUCCUCGGCUAUUAACAAGUGUAGUAUAAAUCCGGUGCAUCAUUUGCUAGCGGUCGGAACCCAAGAGGGAAAAGUGGAAGCCUGGGAUCCUCGUGUGCGGAACAAAGUUGCCACGCUCGACUGUGGGUUUCAUUGCGUGACUCAAGACAGCAGGUUAAGUUCUGUACCCUCAAUCACAGCUCUAAAAUUUCAUGGCGCCUUGACGAUGGGUGUGGGAACUGUAACCGGACAAGUUUUAUUGUAUGACAUUCGUUCUAGUAAACCAUUUAUUGUGAAGGAUCACAUGUAUGGCUUACCAAUAAGAAACGUUGAGUUUCACGAUAAAAUGGAUUUGGUUUACUCCAUGGAUAGCUCCAUUGUGAAAAUAUGGGAAAAACAGACGGGAAAACUGUACACGUCGAUCGAGGCGGAGCACGAUUUGAACGAUCUUUGCGUUAUUCCAAACACGGGAAUGCUCUUCAUGGCGAACGAGAAUCCAAAAAUGCAGACUUAUUACAUACCGAGUCUUGGGCCAGCGCCGAGUUGGAGCGGGUUCCUCGACAAUCUUACGGAGGAACUCGAGGAACUCGAUCACGAGACGAUCUACGAUGAUUAUAAAUUCGUAACGGAAAAAGAGCUCGAAGAACUGGACCUCACGCACCUGAAAGGAACGAAUCUUCUGAGGGCUUACAUGCACGGUUACUUCAUGGAUAUUAGAUUGUACAGGAAAGCUCGUGAUGCUAUAAAACCAUUCGCGUUCGAGGAUUAUAAGAAAAAGAAGAUUCGCGAAAAGAUCGACGAGGAUGCUGCUAAUAGAGUACAGAUUGAAAAGUUGCCUCAAGUCAACAAAGAAUUAGCUUUGAAAUUAAUGGACAUCGACAGUGAGAGCACAGCGAAGAAUAAGAAGAAGAAGACCGCAGCGAUUAUGGCUAAUAACAUCCUCAAGGAUGAUCGUUUCAAGGCGUUGUUCAGUAAUCCGGAUUUCCAAGUGAACAAAGAUUCCGAGGAAUAUUCUCUUCUCAACCCCGUUAUUUCUCAGCUCGACAAGAGCCGCUCGAAAAAAUUACGCGAAAUCGUCGUCCAGGAUGAGAAACGUACGAGAACCGCGGUCGAGGAGGAAGAAAAUGCAGAAACACACGACGACGGUGGUUCGAGUCUCGACGAAAGUUCCGAUGACGAAAAACCGUGGGUCAAAGAAGUCAAAAAGAACUACAGGCUCGUGAAAAGAAACGAGAAGAGAAAAGAAAUGGAAGAAGAAGCUGCUGCUGCUGAGGAGGUCAGCGACGACGAGGAAAGUCCUCAAAAGCGAAGAAACAAUCAACCAAAAUUUUUCGAAAUCAAAGAAGGCGUGGAAUUCAAGAACGGAAGAACUUAUAUGAAAAAGAGAAACAAAACGAGUCUCGGAGAGAGAUUGCAAACUGAAGAAAGUCACAACGUGAGAGUCACGGGAUCGCGUGGUAAUAGGGAAAUGACAUUCACCACAGGCAAGCGCAAGGCAACCGGGAAAUCGAGGGAUCAAGUUAAGAGGCAUAGAAAAGAGAACAAGGGGCUGCUGCGACCGGCUGGAAAUAUUGGCAAAAAGAAAUACUGAAUAAAUAUCUUAAAUUUCUCAAGAAAAAAGAAAGAAA